AUGACGGACUUUAAGCUGACCGGAAGUGGGAAUGGAGUUACAGUUCUUUGCAAAGUUUGUGGUGAUCGUGCUUCUGGGAAACAUUAUGGGGUGCCAUCAUGCGACGGAUGUCGAGGAUUCUUCAAAAGGAGCAUAAGAAGGAACUUGGAGUACGUCUGCAAGGAGGGUGGCAGAUGCAUUGUGGAUGUUUCUAGGAGGAAUCAGUGUCAAGCAUGUCGCUUCUCAAAGUGUCUUCAGGCCAAUAUGCGACGAGAGGCCGUUCAACAUGAGCGAGCUCCGAGAUCCUGUUCAGGAGCUCCAAAUCUUCCUCUCCAUACACCCUCGCCUUUUGAUAUGUAUCCUCAGAGGCGUACACAAUCUGGACAUCUUCUGAUGCCAUUCCCUCUGCAUUUGCCCAGCGUAAAUUUUAGCAAUUUCUCCACAAUGGACACCCCGAGGUACUUCCCACCUACCUCACCCUUCCUGGAGUCUGUGCAUCAACUUCACAAUGGUUCCCGCUUCAAUAGGGUGUAUCUUCUCUCUGAGAAUAUCUUUGGGAACACAUUGGAGACUCCAGGAGCGGACAAUCCAAAAGAUGCGAGAAAUCUCUUCCCCGGCUCAGCUAAGGAGGAUGAAGUGAGCAGUUCUGAGGAGUCAGCCAUCUCUCUUGUAUCCAGGCAUCCCCAGCAGAAGGAGGCUGUCUUUGAGUUUGCAGCCAAACUUCUCUUCCUCGCCGUCAAGUGGGCUAAAAAUGUGCCAUCCUUCGCUCAGCUUCCAUCACGAGAUCAAACAAUUCUCCUCCAAGAUUCUUGGGCUGAUUUAUUUGUCCUCACAGCAGCUCAAUGGGGAUUCUCUGCUGAUUUGAACGUUUUCGAAAAGGCAGAAGAUGCAUCCAGAUUCCAGAGAGCAAUCAAUCAGUUCUCCCUUUCCCGGAUAGACUAUACAGAAGCUGCCUGUCUCAAGGCUUUGAUCAUCUUUAAGCCAGAAAGUAUCGGUCUGCUGGCUAAUCAUCAAGUAGCGUCCCUCCUAGACCAGACCAUUCAGCUAUUGUACGAGAAAUGUGGAGGAAUUCGUUUGGGACAUUUACUGCUUCUUCUUCCUGCCGUGAAGCUCGCUGCUGAUCCCACAAUGAUUCAGCAGACGUUUUUCAAGCGAACAAUUGGCGAAGUUGCUGUCGAGAGAAUUCUUGAGGAUCUCAUGAGAACUUAAAUUCCUGCUAUUUUGUGUUGUAGCUGUAGCGAUUAACUAACUUGUAAGACAAGAAUUUUUCUCUGAAUUUUAUGGAGAAAUUAAAGAAAAAAUCGAUAGGUACUGAAAUAAUUAUUAUUAUUUUGUAUUCUUUUUAUUCGUGAAGCUAGAUAUCAUUUAUCUAUUAUUCCUAGUAUCUGUUCAGAGCUGAAGAAAAGGAUCUUACCCAAAAAAACCAGAGCAAUGAUCACGGGUGUUCAAAAACAUGAUUAUUUUAUUCAUUUUAAUAAACUUCUUGAGAAAAU